CGGCAGCUGCCUUUGGAAACCUGGGUGACGGCAGUAGGGGGAAAAUUUCUUUGAAGUUAAGGGAGGUUCCCAGAAAGUGGUGGCGGGCGGUUUGUCCCGGGAGCGGCACAGCCUGUGGCUCAGGAGCCCGCCGAGCACCCGUGACUGGAGUUGUGACCUAAAGGGACUUUCUUUCUGUGCCCGGUAUAGCUACACGGUAUAGCCUCGUUCCUCAUUGUGUGAAUUCUUGUAGCUACCCCGGGCGAAGCAGAUUUUCUCUUCCAAAAUGACUUUACGAGCUCUGGUUUUGUGUUUGGCGUAUUCUGGGCUUGGAAAGGCAAAUGUGGUUCCUCAGGCUGGACACACAAUAGUGAGGAUGGGUGACAGUGUGACUCUGAGCUGUGCCCUGACAAAACCCAUGGAUGUUCUGCAAGUGACAUGGCAAAAGGACUCAGAAGAAUUACAUGAUAAUAUAGCUACGUAUAGUAAAACGAACGGAUUAAGGAUUCAGAAGCCCUAUGAAGACAGAAUGAAUUUCACAAGUUUGGAACUCAACAAGACAAGCAUAACUUUUUGGGACACUAGAAUGGAUGAUUCAGGAUGUUACAAGUGUCUCUUCAAUGUUUUCCCUUCUGGUCCUCUCUCAGGAAAUACCUGCCUGAGUGUUUUUGGUCUCAAUGUAUCUGUCCAUCACAACAUUUCUGAAGGUCAUGUGAUAGUCAUCUGUAAUGCUGAUGGCCUCCCAGAGCCCACCAUCACCUGGAGCAACCUGUUCAAUUCUACUCCUACACAGAAGACAGUCAAGCACAAAAAUGGGAUUGUGUCCAUCACCAGUAAACUGGAAAUCUACAAUAUUCAGAGCAUCAGUGCACAGGAUUUGAUCUGCAGAGUAAGCAACACAAAUGAAACAUUUGAAAUGCCUGUGAAAAUAAAAGGAGAAGAGGUAUCAUCAUUGCUUUGGCUGGUGAUUAUUGUGGUGCUUUUAGUAGUCAUCAUAGUUCUGAUUCUGAUGAUGCUGUUCUGGAGGAAGAUCCUAUGCAGGAGGAGUUGAAGUGGAUCCCUGAGAAUUUCCAUCCAUCUACCAGAUCAUUAAAAGCUAGCAGCCUGAAGUCAACAUUGCACAUAGUGACUUGACUGGCUGGAAAGAAGCAGCAAAAAAAAGGAGAAGACAUCAUAUACACUGCCCUGUCUGGAAGCUGAGUUCAUCACUGAAAUGACUAACACAACAUUUGCUAUCUGGUCUGGGCCCUUAAUCUUAAAAUGUAGGACUGGAGGGACCACUUGGUCUGCUAUUCUGCAGAGGAGGAGAUUUUGUCAGGCAAAACCUUCUUUGCCCAUGCCACUCUUGGUGCUGCUGCUGGGCAAAAUGUAUUUGUCUUCUUCCAGUUGAGUUUUGAAAAUGUCUAUGGGUAGAAGCUCUGCAGACUCUCUGGGGAUUCUCUUCCAGCGCCUAAUUGCUCUUGCAGUAGAGAGCGAUUUAAUUUUUGCCAACAUCUGUCUGCAAUUUCACUUGCAGCAACUCUUGAGUUCAUCACCCCCUUCCUGUCAUGGUUUUUCUUCUCUUAUCUUAGUUGUUAUAGCUCCGUUGUUAUGGCUCCUUUUUCUCUGGAAAGAUCUGCUGGACUCAAAAUCACAGGACCCAAACCACACAGCAUUUGGCAAAAUUAUGGGGAAGAGCAAUAGGUCUCCAAGCAGGUGACUAAAUAAAGGCAGUGGCAGCCACAAUUUGGAAAGAAGAAUUGUAAGUAAUUUGUAUAAUAUGUAAGUAAUUUACUUUAUUUGACUUUUUUCUAAUCCUAGAGUGUUUUCUUCUGUGUUUUCUGGGUUUUUUUGGGAAUGUGUGUGAUCGGGCUAAAUAUAUAAGUGAGGAGAAGGUAGUUACAAAGACCAGUAGUGGAAACAUUGUCCCUAUCCUACUCUUUGCUCAGCUGUCAAAAGGCAUGGAUUUUGUCAAUAGUUUUUGUGCUCAUCUUAUGCACUGUUCCAGGUAGUCUUCCCUGUCUUCAUCCAUUUUUAUUGUGUCUUUUUAAACACAGAUAAAUUUCUUAGUUGGCCAAAAGCCAUUAUUCCAUGGCUGGACCUCAUUGGGUGGGAUGUCACACACUGAGCUCACUGUCCCGUGUCGCCACUGUGGCUGCAGUGGUAUCAGCUGGCAGUCUUACAGAGACUGAGCUUACUGAUUUGUCAUGCUGCUGGUAGCAGAUAAAGACACUGCACUAUUCUUAGGAGCUGGGACCUAAUUCUGCUCCUGUCCCAGGCUGGAUUGGAGCUUCUCUCCCACCGUCCCAAGCUGCUCAUCACUGCCAGCCCAAGCCUGCCGAUCCAGCCAUUCCCAGGCUCCAAGUUCCAGGUGCUUGGCCCCCUAUGGCUGGGCAGCAGCAGGCUGUGCAGGAGUGCCGAGCACUCCUGGGCAUUGCCCUGCAGCUCCUCAUCUUUGUGAGGUCUUGAAGGCUCCAGAUGCCUUCUGCCUUGUGCUUGUUUUGGUUGGGACAGAGUUAAUUUUCUUAACAGACAUUAGUAUGAGGUCGUUGUGGUUCGAAUUUAUUUUAUUGAUGCCUUGUGUUCUGUUGUACCCCCAUGUUCUCCCUGAGUUGGUUUACCCCUGGGUUUUACCCUCCCUCAAAGCUGUCCCUCAUACCAUUGCCUGCCCCUUGUUCCAGCUCUAUCCCUGCCUGUCAAGCCAACCCAGCCCUUGAUUCCCAAAGCUUCUCUGCCACUUAAACCUUGGGUCCAUCCCAUCCCUGUCUGCAACCCCCCUUUGAAAUUCAGCUACUCCUCCAAGCGCCAUUGGCACAUGUCACCCAUCCUCUCCACCCUCCUGCCCCAAUUGGUCCCAGACACUGGAUGUAAUCCCGUCACUCCUGCCCUGAGAAUUCCCUAUUGGUUAGCUGUUAGUGUCCACCCCCUGACUUGUAUCUGAACAGAACUACUGCACAGCACUGUUGGAGGAUUUCUAUCCUGCUCCCUUGCUCUAGAGUAAACUGUUCCUUGUGGAAGCUCAAGACAGCGAGCCUCCUCCUUUCUCCUCUGUGUGGUUCCUGUCCUGGCUUGUGUCUGGCACCUUAGAGCAAGUGGCUCUGAAGGUUCUGCUCCGUUGAAUGCCCAUACCGAGGCAGUUGCCCACUCCUGGCGUGGUGCCGGAGCUGUAAGAGCUAGCCUGGGUUCUGGCAGCCCCUUCAUGAGGCUGUCCUUCUGACUGUCCCCUUCCUUCCUGGUGACUGUGCAGGCAGCUGAGUGGUGCUUCGUUGCUGGCUGGGGAUAAACCAUGGCAGCAUGGGGAUAAACCAUGAACACUUUCACGGGGCUCUGCGCCUGCCCCACUGGGCAAAGAUUGCUCAGUGCAAGUCUGCCCCUGGAUGUACCUUCUCAGUGGCCCAUUUUUACUGACAGGACAGACAGAUGAGAGGACUGCAGGGGAUCCUCUGGUAAUUUUUUGUUCAGCUGAUGAGUGCUAGAGUUUAAGGUGUUUCUCAGUCUUGUUUCUGUUUGAAUGUUUGUCAUUGUAUCCGGAUCACUAACAGUAUUGUCUUUCCUUUUGGCUUUGAUGAGCAUUUGUUCGUGCGUGUGAAAUACUCCUUCAUACCAGAGUGCAUAGAAUUUUGGACUGUGCUUUUUAUGUCAUAUGUUUACUAAGGGUACCAACUAUCAAGCUGAAAAAUCAACAAUGGAGACUUAAAACUUAGGACUCAGUGCUCAGAGCAGGUAUUUUGCUGGUUCUAGAGCUGUUGCCUGUACAGAGUCUGGUAAAAACUUCAGUGUGUCUGUCUGCUUGAGUUACCGAGGAUGUGAGGGGUCGUGUUUGCUCUACUAUUGUAGAUGCAAUAUGAAUUAUUUAUUUGUACCUUUCACUUUUUCUAAUUAAAAAAAAAAAAUCUGAUCCAACCAAAACACCAACUGGUCCCUUUUUUUUUUUUUUUCUACUUGUUUGAGAUACCAGAAAUGUGUCAUUGAAAGCUGUAGUAGUUUUGAUUUAUAUUUAGCUUCCUUCCUGAACAGAAAAUGGGAGUUCAUGGGGCUUUUAGGGUGUUUUGGGCUAAUUUUUCUUUUUAAAAGAAGGUUUUGAACAAAACUUUUGAGAUAAAUUUACAGAAGUAUUUUUGACCACAGCAGCUGAAGUUUAGUUCAGAUUUGAAAAUACCUUCAGUCAAUUAAAACAGUGUAUUCUGUAUUUUUACAAUUAUUGUCUGUGUCACGUGUGUUGCUUAAUUAUUUUUUAUCUAAAGUUAUGUGUUCUAUUGAUACAUUGUCUGUCUUGUUUUCUGUAUUUCCUUGAACAAAAAGAAGCCAA